CUAAUGUGCUGCCAUUGCAGUGAUAUAGCACCCUGGGCAGCCAACAGAUCUGAGUGCUGGUUGAAUCGUGUCUGUGUGUGUGAGUGUGUGUGUGUGUGAGUGUGUGUGUGAGUGUGUGUACGUGUGUGUGCAUGUGUUUGUGAUGGCCUUCAGAUGUAUUAAGAUGGAACAAGAUGAGCUGCAGCUGAUGAGAAGUCAAGGCUGCUUUAUUCAGACAUUGCACCAUUCCAUCAAAUGUGAUCAAAUCAGCUGGGAGGUUGUGGUCAUGACUGUGUGCCGGUGUUAUGCACAUCAAAUGUGAUGAAAAGAACAGAAGAAAACAAAUAAACCUAUAGAGGCUGUAAACAUUAACAUGGGAGGCAAUGGGAACUUGCUCCUAUCUGAAUCCAGCCCCUAGUGGAUGAGCGGAGAACUGCAAUUUGGCAGGCAGAGUUUACCCCCUUGGAAGAUCCUGGUGAUUCUGGCCUCCUACACCAGUGGCACCCAUUCAACCGAGUUGCCUUGAUCACAGCGGCUAUAAACAUUCAAGACAGAGCCAAGUGGAGGAGUGCAGUGUUUUCCCUUAAGACUGACAUGGGGGAUUAAACUCUAUUGAAAGAAAAAAACCAAAUCUAUUAGUUUUGGACAAAGGAAUGUAUCUAAAGAUGUUCACAAUAUACGGAGUUUGGUCAAAUGCUGAACAAGAUUAUCUUCAUUCUGACUGAUAUAAUGGCAAUGAAAAGAAGCUGAAUUUACAUAGGCAUUUAUUAAAUCCUAUAUUUUAGAAAUCUUAGUCUUUACAAAGUAAAAGAUGCAGAAACAUUGAUAAAGAAUGUAAAGCAACGUUUCCUUGCCCUGCAAUUUUUGCAUAAGCCUUCAGCUGCCCUGGAUGCAAGGAUGGAUAAAUCCUCUUUUUCAGACAGGACUGGACUUUCAGCAUCAACUCAUGUGUGUCAACUCUCCUGAAGUAUCACAGAUGUCCCUGAAGCUGUGUGCUGAUAAAAGCAGCUGUGAAUUGGUUUCUUAUCAAAAGAACCAGGAUCAUUACAAAAGGGAGGCAUUUAACCUGCCGACUCAUCCGUUUUACACACAGGACCAACGGGAAGGUUUAUGGCGACUGAUGGCUCGCUUGCUUGGCUUGCAUUCUCACAGCUCCAUUUACUUAACAAGAAAAUGAGGUUUAAAGCACAUUGCUGUCUGUUUUUGUAAUUAAAGUAUUUAGAGACUGAAAAAAUACCUGAAUCUGUAAAAGAACUUAUUGGUUGUGCAUGUUUUUUGUUCAAACCAAAUACCAGUGAAAUAAAUUUAGGAUAAAUACUGCUACUUCAUCCUCCUACACUGCUGAAGGCUGAUCACCACAUUAUAACAGGUUUGCUCACAGAAGACGCUGUGACUCACAGGUUACACCACGGUGGCAUCAUAUCAGUAAAUAUUGAAACGUGUGUCUGUUCUCACAGUUUUUCUGUAUUUCAGCUAUGAAAUUUAAAGAGAUAAUUUAUGACUUUUUUCUUAAGUUAUAGUUAGUUGAUACAAAAUAUAUUGAUGAAGUUCUUUGCACAAAGUCCCUUUCACGAAAUGUGAUUUGAGCAGUUUUGUUAUUGAUAGUUUCAUACCCGAAUGAGCCGUUUCAGGGCUAAAAAACAAACUGGAGCUGGCCACGCCCCAAAGCUGCUAGAGGCUGAGAAGCUACCACAUCUGGCUGCUCCCCCAGCAGCAUCUUUUCCUUGCAUGUGAGAAGUGGUUCUAUUCUACUCCCCCUGUUUGUGACAUCACAAAUCGGGACUUUUUGAAACGGAUUGUUUUAAGGACAUAAUUCUUCAAGCCAAACUCUGACAGAUAACUGAAUGUUUGGAAUGUUUAUAGAGGCAGUAGAGACACGGCAGCAUAAAUGGAUGCAAAAGGUGAAUUUUGCAAAAUAUGUUUAAAGUCUAAUAUGAUGUUAGGACAGUGCACACACUGUAGAAGCAACAAGAGAGGCAGCAGCUAAUGCUGCAUGUGGGCUAAAGUCUUGCUAACUGUUGAAGAGAAAACAUCUACUUAGAAUCUGCAGGAGCAAUCCCAUAGUUGCAAAAAUUUUCCAAAAUAUACCAUCACACUCACUGAGUGUGUGAUUCGGAUAUGCAGAUUUAAAUCACCAUACAGUGUCAGGCUACAGGGAAAACACCAGAUAGGGAGGGGAUGAGGUUCACCACUGAAUUAACAAACAUCUCCCACAAGGUAGUGAGGUUGGUGUUACGAAAUCACCAGGUCAACUAAGUUGCGCGUUUGGCCAGAAGGAGGCGCGGUGCGCCUUUCGUCCUUCAUUUGAAUUCAACAAUUAAUGCGCAAGUUUGUACAACCACACAGAGGAAAGAGCAGAGACUCGCAGGCAUGCGCAGAAUUUAGUAGAUUUAAAGAACUCUGCCAGAAGUGACUAUAUGUUCUCCAAAAUUUGCGCUGAGAAUAAACUUCAGCGCAAAUUCAAAUCAUCCGCACCUGCUUUUCUACAAUUUGCAGCUCUCAUAUCACCACGCCGCGUGUAUUCAUCGUACUGCUCAAAAAUUAUCACCAGUGGAAGAGCACACAAGCUGCAGCAGCCGAACUGUGACAUCUCUCCAACAUUACGGACUUUGCUCAGGCUGGCAGGCUGCUGCACAGGCACCAUGGAGAAAAAAUCACCAAAAGCGGAGGGCUCCGCCAAGAGACACGAGUCCCUGUCCUACCAACGGAGGAUGUGGAAGAAUUUCCAGGAGAAAACCAAGCCCUGGCUGAGUCCUAAACUGGGAUCGGAGCGUCGAGGAGCCGCCGGAGGCGCAGAGGGGACUAAAAAGGAAUCUGGGCUGUGGAUGUUCAAGAGGAAAAAGAAACAGUUGGAUCGGGUGUUUUCGUCGUCACAGCCGAACUUAUCCUGCUCCGCGCCGGUGUCUUUUGAUGGAGACAUGUCCGCAGGAGGUGACGCGGCCGCAGGAACGAGUUCGGACGUGCAGACGAGUCUUGGCACAGCUUCUGGAGCCACGGGCAGCAAACCGGAGCUGACGGCCCACGGAAGCCCCAAACUCCUCGUCUCACAGCUGAUGGUGCAACAACAGAAGAGCUCCUCUCUCGGUUCGGCAUGCUUCGAGAAGCUGGUGGUGGAUCCGAUCAUGUCAGAGGAUCGGCUGCGUAAAAACGCAAGUGAUUCAGGCAUCAGCAUUGUUGGGCCCAGUAAUGCUGAGUCACUGUCUCAACCUCCUGGUCCCGCCAUGUAUCAGCUGGAUAUCGUCUUAAAGAAAGGGAAAAGCCUUGCCAUUCGAGAUCGAACAGGGACCAGUGACCCAUAUGUGAAGUUUAAGAUAACAGGAAAGGAGGUGUUCAGAAGCAAAACCAUCCACAAAAAUCUGAAUCCGGUUUGGGACGAGAGAGUAACCCUCCUGGUGGAAACUCUGAGGGACCCUCUUUAUGUCAAGGUGUUUGACUACGACUUUGGGUUUCAGGAUGACUUCAUGGGCUCAGCGUACCUCCAUCUGGAGUCUCUGGAGCACCAGAGGACUCUGGAUGUGACCCUGGACCUGAAGGACCCACAGUACCCUGAACAGAACCUGGGCAGCCUGGAGCUGUCUGUCACCCUGUCACCAAAGGAAGGGGACACAAAGGAUGCUACCAUGCUUUUGGGGAGAAACUGGAAACGAUCCAGUAAGCAUCAGAGCAUGCGCCUGUCAGAUGUGCACAGAAAAGCCCAGCUCUGGCGAGGUAUAGUCAGCAUCAGUCUGAUUGAAGGUCGCUGCCUUCAGCCGAUGGACGCCAACGGCUUCAGCGACCCUUAUGCCAAAUUCAGGAUGGGUCACCAAAAGUACAAGAGCAAGACGAUUCCUAAAACUCUAAACCCCCAGUGGAGGGAACAGUUUGAUUUCCACUUGUACGAAGAGCAAGGAGGCUUUGUGGACAUCACAGUCUGGGACAAAGACGCAGGCAAGAAGGACGACUUCAUGGGAAGGUGCACCGUUGACCUGUCGCUUCUUAGCAAAGAACACACGCACAAGUUGGACCUGCAGCUGGAGGAAGGUGAAGGAGUUCUGGUACUGCUCGUCACACUCACCGCCUCCGCGGCCGUCUCCAUCUCAGAUCUGUCCAUCAACAUGCUGGACGAUCCACACGAGAGACACCAGAUCAUGCAGCGCUAUAGCCUCUGGAGGUCCUUCCACAACCUGAAAGAUGUUGGCGUGGUGCAAGUUAAGGUCAUCAGAGCCGAGGGACUCAUGGCAGCAGAUGUCACAGGCAAAAGUGAUCCAUUUUGCGUGGUGGAGCUGAGUAACGACCGACUGCAGACUCACACUGUUUACAAAAACCUUAACCCAGAGUGGAACAAGGUCUUUACUUUUAACAUCAAGGACAUCCACUCAGUGCUUGAGGUCACAGUUUACGACGAGGACCGAGACAGAAGUGCAGACUUCCUGGGGAAAGUGGCCAUCCCUUUACUAAAUAUCCAAAAUGGAGAACGCAAAGCCUACGCCUUGAAAAGCAAGGAGCUGACAGGGCCAACAAAAGGGGUCAUCUUUCUCGAAAUAGACGUGAUAUUUAAUGCUGUGAAGGCUGGUCUCAGGACGCUGACUCCCAUCGAACAAAAGUACAUCGAGGAGGAGCCUAAAGUGUCCAAACAGGUUUUCAUCAUUGUUGUUUGGAACUUUGAGAUUUAUAUGAUUCCUCUGGCUCUGCUGCUUCCUCUGGCCUGGAACUACAUUCUCUUCGCUUCGGGGAAGGAUACGAGACAAGAUGUGCAAGUGGUGGAGGACCUGCUAGAAGAUGAGGAUGAGGAUUUUGACAAAGAUGACAAGGACCCUAAACACGACCCCUGGGAGGACAGCUGUGAUAAAAACCAUAUCAUUGAGGAUAUGUUGGCUUCCUGGCACUUUGAGUGGAUUCGAGCGAUGGUGGACUCGGAGAAAAAGGGCUUCAUGAACAAGCUUUAUGCCAUUCAGGACGUGUGCAUCAGUGUGCAGAAUGCACUGGAUGAAGUGGCCUCCUAUGGCGAGAGGAUAAAGAACACCUUUAACUGGACUGUGCCUUUCUUAAGCUGGCUUGCGAUCGUGGCUCUUGGAGUGGCCACCGUCAUCAUUUAUUUCAUUCCCCUUCGAUUCAUCGUGUUGAUCUGGGGGGUGAAUAAAUUCACCAAGAAGCUGAGAGACCCUUACACCAUUGAUAACAACGAGCUGUUGGACUAUCUGUCCAGAGUACCCUCAGAUGUUCAAGUGGUGCAGUACAGAGAGCUGAAACUGGAUCCCAAUCCCAGUCCAAAUAAAAGGAAGAAAAACAACCCCGGGUUCUGGACUGGAUUGAGAUCUGGUGACUGUGUUGGUCGUUGGAGUGCAGUGAACUCGUGGUCAUGUUCUAGAAAACGAGAUGAUCUGAGCUUUGUGACCUGGUGCAUCAUCCUGCUGGAAGUUGCCAUCAGAAGAUAGCUCCAUGUGGUGAUAAAGGGAUGGAGAUGGUCAGCAACAAUACUCAGGUAGGCUGUGGUGUUGAAACCAGGCUCAGGUGGUACUGAGGGGCCCAACGUAAGACAAGAAUAUGUCCACACAAUUGCACCACCAGCGUGAAGCAGAGAUGCAAGGCAAGAUGUAUCCAUGCUUUCAUGCAUGUUGGUGACACCAAAUUCUGAUCCGACUAUUUGAACGUUGCAGCUGAAAUCCAGACUCGACAAACCAGGAAAUGUUUUUCAGUGACCCACGAUCCAGUUCUGGUGAUGCUGUGGGAAUUUUAGCCUCAGCUUCCUGUUCUUAGCAAACUGAAGGAACACCUGCUGGUCUUCUUCUGGAGUCAAUCUGCUACAAGGUUCAACAUGCUGUUCUACAAACCUUUGGUUGGAACCAUGUAUUUGCACUACUGUUGCCCUUCUGUCACUCUGAUCUCUGACAUCAACAAGGGGU